UUUGUGUGAACGGAAGUAUUGUAGAAUUGGUUGAAUGGCCCCCAACAAAAGCUACGGUGCCAGCGCAAGGACGACAGGCGCAAGGACAAGCGGCGUAAGGUCAAGCGGCACAAUGACAAGCGGCGCUGGUCCCUAUCGGAGCAAUACGAGUCCCGAACGUGGACGCACCCGAAGGGCCACUCCCAUCGUCUAUCCGGAAUCCGCGCUCACGAGGUCAAGCACAUCCCACACCCAGACACGCAGCCGGAUCGGAAUGCAGCUGCUUCGGGACCUGGCGCAGACUCUGCCCGCGUCCCCAUCACGGAUCUCGCCCACAACAAACGGCAAUGUGCGCCGUAUUCGACACCGAUCCAGGGUGGAACAGAAUGGACCGUCGGAAUUGGUGUUGAAUAGAUCGGUGCCCAUGCAGUCAAGGACAGCGUUUGGGGGGCCCGUGCCCAUGGCCGUGGGGAUACCGGUCAGAGAGGUGUCCGGCAAGGAUACUCCCAGGAGGGUGAGAAUCAGGGCCCAAGGCAAAGAUGCUGGGGAGCGCACUUUUAAGAACGAAAGACCCUCUAUCUCCAUGAGCAACACUAGUACCGCCCGAAAGUUUCCCAUGCGAACAGACUCCAAUCUUAGCCAGCAGUACAAGAGGACUUCCCAGUCGCCCCAAUCGCCUAUCGUCAUGGUGAGCGCCCCUGCAAAACUGGAUAAGCCGGCCAAGAAAGCAGAUACAGUAAACCAGGACAUAGAGCAGGCUGCCGGACUUGCCGAUGAAAACAAGUCCGUGGCGUCUGCUCCACAGCCAGGUGAAGUAAAGCCCGUCGCUGGCAAUGAGGAUAAAGACGAGACCUUACAGCCGGAGAAAGUGGACCCCACCGCAACCGCUGGGGCUGGGGCUGGGGCUGAAGACAAGACUGAAGCAAGUGCCAUGUCCCAGCCGUGUAUGAAGAUCUUUCCGUGCUUCCGUGGGGAAUAUCCCACGCGCAAUCGGCCUGCGCCUUAUCAGUGGUUCGAGCAAACCGGAUUUAAUUCUGGUGGCACGGGCACUGGCUCUGGCAACGCAGGCAAGGAAAACAUUCUCACCACCUGCGAGGUGACCGAGGAGACCUUUCUGAGCAUCGGAUGCGAUUGUAAUGAGAAGGCUUUAUGGUCGUCGGGGCAGGGGGCUUCCCAGUUCAUGGGUGCGCUGCCGGGAUCGGAGCAGGGACAGACGCCGUUCAGAAACAUUGCACCGCAGCAACAGGGUGGACCGUCCUGUAUGGAGCAGCAACCACGGUGUAUGCCCCAAUGCCAGUCAUCUGCUGUGCAGCGCCAACAGCCAAUGUUCGGAUGCUAUCCCACUCAGAACCCCUCGCAAAACAUGUACAAUCAACAGCAACAGCAGCAGCAACAGCAGCAGCAGCAACAGCAGCAGCAGCAGCAGCAACAAAAGCAACAGCAGCAGCAGCAGCCCAGCUGCUGUGGACUGACCGAAAUGCUGGCCCAGCAGCUGCACCAACAGAUGCAGGAGGCGCAGGCCCAGAUAGCACAGGUCCAGCUCCAGUUGAACAACGCCACCCAGCAGACAAAUGUGAACGAUCAGAUCGGCAACGAAGAGCCGUAUUGGCCAAGCAAGGACUCGGACAAGGAAGACGAUAUGGGUGGUGAUGAUACGGGCUACACCACUGAUCAGUCCUUGAAUAUCUCGUGCUCAUGCUCGGCGAUGUAUCAAGAGCCGCAGCAGGAGGAACCGUUGCAUGCGACUGGAUCCUGUCUGAUGAUGCCCCCCUGUUCAUAUCCGCCGCCAUCACAGCCGCCAUUUCAGUUUCCCGAUCAACAGGAGCAAAAUCCUUGGCAACAGCGACCUUCUCGACCUUCCUGUCAGCAAAAGCAACAGUUUCCUUGCCAGCAACAGCAGCAGCAGCAAUUCCCA